AUGAUUGCCUUAUUUUUCUCUUAUUCUUCCACCGAGGCCCCAGGUAUUGCUAACGCUUCACCUGGAGCUGAUUCUGGCAAGGAGGCAAGCCAGAUAAACCAGGCAAACCAAGCUAGCCAGGCAAACCAAGCCAGCCAGGCAAACCAGGCAAACCAAGCAAACCAGACUAGCUCUAUUUUAUAUAAAAGAAAGGUGUGUACUAGAAUGGAUAAAUUGCCUUUCUGCGUUGAGCUUAAAGCCAAGUUUCCAUGCAAUGGAAAUACAUCCAACUUUAAGCCUCAAGAUCCUUCCAAGCAGAUUCAAAAAUCUGCAGCCCCUUUGGCCCAAGAGCCAGCGACUUCUCAACAAGCUAUAUCCACAUUUUCAGAAGAGGCGAGCCUCUCCAUGCCUCAAAAUCCCAUUGGCCAGCAAUCCAGCAAUUUUUCAUCAAAUCCCUCUUCUCAGGCUUCUCAAGCUCCUCAAGCAGCUCAGGCUAUUCAAGCUUCUCAGACUAAUAAAACUUCUCAAGCAGCUCAGGCUAUUCAAGCUUCUCAGACUAAUAAAACUUCUCAAGCAGCUCAGGCUAUUCAAGCUUCUCAGACUAAUAAAACUUCUCAAGCAGCUCAGGCUAUUCAAGCUUCUCAGACUAAUAAAACUUCUCAGACUGCUAAAGCUUCUCAAGUUGCUUCAAAUGCUUCAAUACCCACCAGUAAUACAACAUCCAUGUCUGAAAAGCCCUCGAUAUCUAACAGCAGCUCUGCUUUGGUUUCGCAAGCAUCCCAAAAUGCCUCUGUCUUGAGAAAUGAAACAUCUGUAGCAGUGAAUGCGACCACCGCUAGCAAAUCUACUACCCCUAAAAAAGCUCCUUGCGCUAAAAAAUCUUCAACUAGCGCUUCCUUGACAACAAGAAACUCCACCGAUGAAAAGUCCAUAUCAAGUGAGGUCUCUGCAGCAUCAUCAUCUCUAUCUAAUUGCACAAAGUGCAGCAAAAAGCAAUCCAAAGAAAAUUCCGCAGAGAACAAAAAUCCGAUUAUACUAUCCACAAAAGCCGUAGAUAUCAAAGCGACAAAUACAACUCCAGGCGCCCAAGCUAAUGAUAAGACUCCUUCUGCAGAGGUUAAGACGUCUUCUGCAGAGGUUAAACCGCCUUCUACACAAGUUAAACCGUCUUCUGCAGAUGUUUUUCCAAUACCCUUGUAUGGCCAGGCGAAAGAUGCUUCUAAAGAUAAACCAGCGUAUUCAAAGAAAGCCUCUCCUUUCGAAGUACCUACCGAUCCAAAGGAACCUAUUGGUGCUGAAAAGAAACAGAUGAUUUAG